UUUUGUCAAUGCUUAUUCCAGGUCCUGAGGGACCAGGGGAUGCUAUUGAUGUCUAUCUCCAACCUUUAAUAGAAGAAUUACAAGAGUUGUGGGAAGUAGGAGUUGAAACAUUUGAUGCAUCAAUUCACCAGAAUUUCAAGAUGCAUGUAGCUUUACUAUGGACCAUUAAUGAUUUCCCUGCAUAUGGAAACCUGUCAGGUUGGAGCACUAAGGGUAAAUUGGCUUGUCCUUGUUGUAACAAGGAUACCUUUUCUAUGAGGUUAGACAAUAGCAGAAAGCAAUGUUUCAUGAGCCAUCGUCGCUAUCUUCCAAUGAAUCACAAAUGGCGUAUUGACAAGAAAUCAUUUGAUGGCACGAAAGAGUAUGGAUUACCACCAAAACCUCUUAUUGGUGAGGAUAUUCUAAAUCAGGUGAAAGAUCUUGAAGGAGUCAUUUUAUCUAAAGAUGUUAGUAAAAAGACAAAAGUUUUACAUGAUAAUAGAGGGGAUAAUUGGAAUAAGAAAAGCAUUUUUUUCAAACUUCCAUACUGGAGUAGUCUUUUGUUGUGGCAUAAUUUGGAUGUGAUGCAUAUUGAGAAAAACAUAUGUGAUAAUGUGCUUGGAACAAUUAUGAACAUUAAAGGGAAGACCAAAGAUACUGUUAAAUCUCGUCUUGAUUUGGAAGCAAUGAAUAUCAGACCAGAGUUGCACCCAAUACAAAAAGGAGACAAGCUUGUGUUGCCAGCUGCAACUUACACAUUAACUCCAGAAGAAAAGCAUACGUUUUGUAUGUUUUUAAAGCAAUUAAAGGUGCCAGAUGGGUUUUCGUCUAAUAUUUCACAUUGUGUUAAUAUUAAAGAGCAUAAGAUUUCUGGCUUGAAGAGUCAUGAUUGCCAUGUUCUCUUACAACACUUACUUCCUCUUGCAUUACGUGGUCUUCUUCCCAAGUCAAUAUGUGAACCACUUUUUGAAUUGUCUUUGUUUUUCAAAAUUUUGGGUGCAAAGACUUUACGAGUGGAUGAGUUGGAGCAGAUUGAAUCUCAAAUUGUCAUGACUCUUUGUAAAUUGGAAAUGAACUUUCCCCCUUCAUUUUUUGAUGUGAUGGUCCAUUUGCCUAUUCAUUUAGCCCUUGAAGCCAAAAUUGCUGGACCUGUCCAAUAUCGAUGGAUGUACCCUAUUGAGCGAGAGUUGUAUGAGUUAAAACAACUCAUUCAUAACUUAGCUUGUCCUGAGGGCUCAAUUGCAGAGGGUUACAUUGCAAAAGAAUGUAUGACACUUUGCUCAAGAUACUUCACUAACAUUGAGACAAAGUUUAAUCGUCUUAAUCGAAAUCAUGAUGAUGGUUGUCAAGAAUACAAAAGUGAAUUAUUAAUAUUUUCACAACCUGGACGUGCAUUGGGAUCUGGGAGUAUUUGCAAGUCCAAGCUAGAGCACCACUACAAAUGUCAAAUGAGGAAAGUUGCAGCGUUACAUAAACAAGACAAUCGUAAAAUAACAGAGGAGUUGCUCUCUUUGUCACGUGGUCCCUCCCAAUCUGUUUGUUGCUUCAAUGGUUAUGUUGUGAAUGGGUAUAGGUUUCGUGUAGAAUGUCAUGACAAAGGAUUUAGAACACAAAAUUGUGGGGUGGUUGUGAGUGGUGACAUUGGGUCUAAAAUGGGAAAUAUAGAUUAUUAUGGAAUCUUAACUGAGAUUAUUGAGUUGCAGUAUCUUGGUGGUAGAAGGGUGGUACUAUUUCGUUGUAAAUGGUUUGAUGUGCAUGAUAAGGAAAGGGGGGCCAAAGUAGAUGAGUAUGGUUUCACCACUAUAAAUUGUGAUCGCUUGUUAAAAACAAAUGAGCCAUUUGUCUUGGCAUACCAAGCAUUCCAAGUGUUUUAUGCCAUUGACAAUAUCACUAAAGGUUGGAAGGUUGUUCUAAAAACACAACCACGUGAUUCUUAUGACUUGCCUUUACAAAUGGAUGACAAUUGUGAUAAGAUGGAUAAUGUUAGUGAAGCGUAUCAACAAGAGGAAUCAUUCAAUUAUAAAGAGGCAAACCCUAUUUCAACUACAAUAAACAAUGAAAUCAAUUGGGAAAGGGAAAAUGUGGAGCCAAUGGUGGUUGAAGUAGCAACUAAAAGAAAGAAAAGAAAAAGAAGAUGUGAACUCACAUCCCACCAUCUUUUUGUUCACUUUGGUGAACUGUAUUAUUUUGACAAUGACUUUCAACGAGAUUGUAGCUCUUUCAUUGACAUUUUGAGUAUAUGCCAAAAAUUCAUGGACAUAUACUCAGUUGGUGUGAAUAUCUCCUAUGGGGAUGGGAAGCAACUAACUGGGGAUGCUGAUGUUUAUGCUAUGUUUAAUGACCAUAAAGGUAUAAGAGACAUCCACCUCUAUGUUGAGGAAGAUACAGAAAUGGAUGUUGUCCCUUUUAGACUGCCACAUGAUAAUCCAAGUUCUGAACCUCCAAAGGUAACAAAUUUGAAGAUACAAGGUGAUCUCCAAGUGAACAAUAAAAUAAUCAUUACUGGCACUGUUAUUGGAGGGGCUGAAGUUGCUAGUGCAGUUCAGUGGUAUAAAACCAUUACUACACAAUUAAAUAUUCAGAAUGGUCUUGAAGAGAUCAGCAUGUCUAGCACUGAAAAGGAAUUUCUCUUACCAAUAAGAGUUGUUGGGUAUUACAUUGUUGCAAAGUAUACUCCUAUGACUCAUGAUGGUACAUCAGGUGAACCAGUGUUUGUUACCUCAGAACAAGUUGUUAAGGAGACUGAAAUAUCACUUUUACAAUCCAUAAUGUCUCAACAAAAUGAAAACCUAUCUGCUCACGGGAGUGAUCAUGGAGAACAUGAUGUUGAUGAGAUUAAACCUCUCAGGGAUUAUUUGAACCCUCCAAGGAGAUUCAUAGCAUCUUUUAGCAGCAUAGCCCGGCCUCUGUGUAAUUUGCUCUCCCAAGAUGUUCCAUUUGAGUGGACAUCAUCUUGUAAAACCUCUUUUGAGAGGUUAAGAAAUGCUCUCAUCUCAGCCCCCAUUAUUCAACCACCAGAUUGGUCAUUGCCCUUUGAACUCAUGUGUGAUGCAAGUGAUUAUGCUGUAGGAGCAGUCCUAGGGCAAAGAAAAGAUAAAAAACCUUAUGUCAUCUACUAUGCCAGUAAAACCCUCAAUGAAGCGCAAAAGAAUUACACAACAACUGAGAAGGAAUUAUUGGCAGUAGUGUUUGCAUUAGAGAAGUUCAGAUCAUAUCUGGUGGGGUCAUUGGUCAUUGUUUUCACUGACCAUGCUGCUUUGAAAUACUUGCUCACCAAACAAGACGCCAAACCGCGUCUUAUUAGGUGGAUUUUGUUACUCCAAGAAUUCAACAUAGAAAUCAAAGAUAAAAAGGGAGUAGAAAAUGUGGUGGCAGACCAUUUGUCUAGACUUCCAUGCCAAGACCUUAAUCUAGACAAGGAACCAAUCAGGGACACCUUUCCAGAUGAACAACUCUUCCUUAUCAAUGAUACCUCAACCUCUGUUACACCAUGGUAUGCAGAUCUGGCCAACUAUCUAGCCACCGGUCUAAUUCCAAAUCAUUGGACCAAGCUAGAUAAACAAAAAUUCUUUAGGAAGGUUAGGACUUAUUUCUGGGAUGACCCUUACUUAUUUAAGUAUUGUGCUGACCAAAUUUUAAGAAGGUGCAUCCCCGAGCAUGAGCAACAGAGUGUUUUGAAUUUUUGUCAUACUCUUGCUUGUGGAGGUCAUUUCUCCACAAGAAAAACAUUGGCCAAGAUCUUACAAAGUGGAUUCUUUUGGCCUACCAUGUUUAGAGAUGUGCAUCAGUUCUGUAGUUCAUGUGAUAGAUGCCAAAGGCUAGGAAGCCUAACCAAGAGGAAUAUGAUGCCCUUGCAACCCAUUCAGGUGUUAGAAAUUUUUUAUUGUUGGGGAAUAGACUUCAUGGGACCAUUUGUUAAUUCAGGUGGACACGAGUACAUCUUGUUAGCUGUUGACUAUGUGUCCAAGUGGGUAGAAGCAAUCCCAACAAGAACAAACGAUCAUCGGGUUGUAAUGAAGUUUUUGAAAGAAAAUAUUUUUAGUAGGUUUGGAAUGCCUAGGGCCAUCAUAAGUGAUGGAGGUUCUCAUUUCUGCAACAAACCAGUGGCUGAAUUAAUGAGAAAAUAUGGAGUAGUCCACAAGGUUGCAACCCCAUAUCACCCUCAAACCAAUGGCCAAGCUGAAUUGGCCAAUAGGGAGAUAAAAAGGAUUUUAGAGAAAACAGUCAAUUCUAAUCGCAAGGAUUGGUCCUUGAGGUUGAUUGAUGCACUUUGGGCCUAUAGAACUGCUUACAAGACCAUUCUAGGCAUGUCUCCCUACAGGUUGGUAUAUGGCAAGCCAUGUCAUUUACCAGUUGAAAUAGAGCACAAAGCCUACUGGGCCAUUAGGAAGAUUAAUGAGGAAUCAACAGAAGUGAGCCUUAAUAGGAAAUUACAACUUAAUGAACUUGAAGAACUUAGGGAUGAGGCAUUUGAAAAUGCCAAAUUGUCUAAGUUGCAUAUGAAAAAGUUGCAUGACCAACACAUCAACAGAAAAAAAUUUCAUGUUGGUCAGCAGGUGCUUCUCUACAACUCAAGGCUUCAUUUGUUCCCAGGGAAGUUGAGAUCAAAAUGGACAGGACCCUAUACAAUCAAGACCAUAUCAGAAUAUGGGGCAAUAGAAAUUGAAAUCAAAGAGUCUGGACAAUGUUUUAAAGUGAAUGGUCAAAGGCUGAAACCAUAUCUAGGCAUAGCUGAGAAAGAACUUGUUGAAGGAAAUGAAGAAAUGGUGGAGUUGGGUGAUCCACCAUCAAUGGUUGAGUGACCUUUAGGAACACAUUCGUCUGGGAAUCUGACGUUAAAAGACCACCUUUCCAUUUAGGUUAAAUGGAUGUUUCUAGAUUUGAAAAAAAAAAAAAAAAAAAAAAAGUAUAUAAAAAUUUGUUUCUUUUCUGCAUUACUUAAAUAGUGUUUCUCUGUGUGCAAUCUAAAUAAAAAUUUUUGCAUACGAGUUCAUGCAUUGAAGAUCGCCAGGUAUGCCUAUCCUCUAUCCUUUUAUUGCCGAUUGAGGACAAUGCGCAAUUCAAGUUGGGGGGUAAGGUGUACUUAGGAAUUUAUUGGUGUUUGAAUUUAAUCUAUUGUGCAAGUAAUUUUGUUUGACUCGAUAAUAAUGCUU